AUGAGUGAUGAUGAGCAGCUCAAUGUUGAGGAUGGUGCUGAUCUUUUCUACUGGCAGCUCCCAGCAGUUGACCAGAGCAGGGUGGAUCCCAAUUGCACUGGCUCAGCUGGCCGAGCAGGGUCGCUCCCAUCCCCCGAUGUACCCAGCACCUCCUCCCGGCCCCUUUCCAAUGCUGGGCCGUGGUGGCUGCUCCUUCUCCCCAUCUUACAGGAACCUCCAACACCACCCUUCGUCUACCAGAGAGUCUGCCCCAAACGCUCUCCUCCUCCCAGCCACACCUGCCCGCUCCAGAGCCCGGGUGCAGGUCUCCAGGAUUUGCUGGGAGCAAGGCAGGGACUGCUUCAGUGCUGCCUGCCAGCCUGCCGACUGCACCGCCCCAGUCCCGGCUGGGGGUGCAGCCAGCCCCCGCAGCCCUUGGGCUGGUGGACAGCCUCGGGACCUCCCUCCGAGGGCUGUGCCGCCCUCGUAACUGUCUUCCUCCACUUCAAAGCCCCCGUUCUCACGCUUCCUUCCUUCGGUAAUGAACCUUCAAUUUCCUCCAGUGAAAGAAAAAACAUUAAAAUGAAAAAGGAAGCUGAAGAAUUUAAUUAUACCAGAAGUCAGCGAAGAUGGAAGAUCUUUCUGGAGCUUACCAGGUUCCCAACUGAAUCCCCUGAAGCAUUCUCUUGUAGUGUGAUAUGAGAGAGUGACUGCUUUCAUUAUUACCUGGAUUAUAGCUGUGCUUUCACACUCUAUCAGCGCUUAAAGCCUAAAAGGAGAAGGAUCUCCACAAAGGCCUCCAAGCCAGAUAGACAAGCUCAAGUAUGCUCAAAGAAGUGAUAUAGAUGUCCAAAGCCACAUUUCCACUUACAGAGACUGCAACAGGCACAGAAUCCAUCCUCCUGUUCUGCUUUGCAAGUCAAAGAAUUGUAUUUAAAAUUUUGCCUAGUACUUUCUAUCAGAUAGAGAGUCAAUAACCCUUAAUGUCAGGUGGUCUUGGAAAGAGGUUAACAGACCGUAUCUUAGGAGUUCAGCACCAGAUCCUGGGAAGUUUAAAUUUGCAUCCCCUUGCAGAACACACAAAUUUUUGGUAAUCUUGAGAAGAAUAUAUUAAAUAAAACAUCAAACACAUAAAAAAAUCUAAAAUAAUUGCAUGACAUUCCACUUUAUCUCAACUAAUAAAGUAUUUCUAAGCGGGUCUUUUACCCUUGUAAAAAUAAGCAGAUGCUAUGGGACAGACUUUCACUAUGAUUAUGCUGAUGCAGAUCAAGAGACACCUUUGAACUCAUUUUAUUUAUCUACAAUUUACUUGGUUUUCACGUGGUGCUUUGGAAGAAAAAUAUUUGCAACUGCGAUACCCGAGAGUAGUUAAUGGAAAUUUUAAAGGUGGGAAAUAGUAACUAAUCAGGUAAGUGAAGUUACUUUUUGUUUACAUUCAUAAACCAGGGUUUAGCUACAGAUUUGGAGACUUCAGCUCCAUCUCUUUAUGGUGAAAAUUCAAAUUUGAUUCUAAAAUAACGGAGAUUGUCAAGAUCUGGAAUAAAAAUAAUAAAAAAGAAAGAAGAGGCACCCUGUCAGAAUUAAAGGGCAUAGUGAAGACAAAAUAAAUUUUAACAUGCAUUUUUUUAUGUUAUUCUAUGAUUCUGGUAAGUUUAGGUUUUUAUAUAAUUAUGCUGAAAACUGCAGCGUUUCUGAGAUGGUGUUGAACAUUUGCCAUGAUUAUUUUAAGCUUGUUUUCACUAAUUUAUCCCUGCUAGGACUGUACCAUAACAAGAGACUUAAAGCUUUUCUAUGUGCUUCGCAUCUUGUCUGGCUCAGGAGAGCACCUUAAAUAUCUUUGUUUUACCUGUGCUAUCUUCCUGAAGCCUGAAGGACUACUCAGUUACAAUUAUGCCAGGAAAAUGUGUUCCGGUACAUAUAUACCUUCUCUGUAUUAUAUCUGUAAUGGAAAAUGAUUGGAAACUG